AUGGAUUUGCAUGGCGCGUUGUCGGCGCUGAUCCGGCAACCGACCGGCAUUCCUGCUGCAUUUCCAUUUGCGUCGUUUCUGCCGCAUCCGAUGAUGACAUCGCUACCGUUCUCGCUUGGAAAUGCCAUGGUCGAUCCACUUUCACUGGGAAUUACCGCUGCCGAACCACAAGCGGCUGCAACGCCGAAGAAAGCCCGGCUUGACUCACCUUGCAGUCCGUUGUCACAGAGCAGUACGGUUUCAUCUACACAGCUAUCGAGCCCUCAACCAUCACCUAUUCGAAAAAUUGCAAAACCAAUUCCUGACGAGAAAAAGGAUGACGCAUACUACGAGCGCCGACGACGAAAUAACGAUGCAGCGAAACGAUCUAGGGAUGCGAGGCGAGUUAAAGAGGAAGUGGUUGCAGCAAGAGCUGCUCAGUUGGAGCGAGAAAAUGGACAACUUCGAGGACAGGUCGCUCUUCUUAAAUCGGAAACUGCUCGUCUACAAUUGUUGCUAUUCUCCCGCCAACAUCUUCCGACAACUAGCAUAAAACAGCAGAUUAAAUCCGAGUCAAUUAACGCUGCCAUGCAGGAUCCGACCAAUACCGUACUGAAAAGUGAGAGGGAAAUAAAGCCGUAG